GCAAGUUAAGCAGGCGCCACCGCUACCAGCAGCAGCAGCAGCAGCACCCCCGCGAUAAGGUUUUUCUACUUUUAUACAACACACAAGACAACAGCCAGCAGAGUGCCAAGAUGACCGAACUGCGCAACGAAAUGGACAGCGACCUGGACCAGAACUACUCGCUCAACAGCAAUGCUGCGAUGGACCCCAAGAAUAUGCAGGAGCUGACCAUAUACGUACAAAAUCUGUUGCAGAACGUGCAGGACAAGUUCCAGACCAUGUCUGAUCAGAUAAUCACACGUAUCGAUGACAUGGGCAACCGCAUCGAUGAUCUGGAGAAGAGCAUCGCGGACCUGAUGAACCAGGCUGGGAUCGAGGGCCAGAUACCGGAGAAAUGAGACGACCAAAGCUAGGCGUGGCCACGGCCGCCCGCCCCUUCACCAGCCACGCCCUAAUCAAAUACAUCGAACACCAUUGUCGCCACAAACCAAGCACUCAAAUCAAAUUUACAAUUCCAGACUCUCACAUUCAUUUAAUCCCCCACUGCACCCAUCCCAUCCACACACACAAUUGCUCUCAAAGAUUUGCUCAUUCAAAUUUAUUGCAUAGUUUUAAGUUCGCUCCACCAGGAAGAUCAUAAUUUAAGUAAAGUAAUUGUAGACUUUGCGAGCAACGGGCAUGUUUCAGAGCUAUUGCCAUUUAGUUUCUAUUUUAAAUUAUACAUUAUUAAAAUUCACGAAUUGUAA